AUGCUUCCCUCCUCGCCAUCAUUCCUAUCCUCGUUUGACCCCGCCGUUUACCUCCACUCGGAAGGACCUGGCAACACAAACCCACCGUCUGAAUCAUUCUCCGACGAUCUCGAGGCAAUCCACCUGCACCGCCGUGAACAGACCCGCAACGGAAUCGUGAUUCAACAUCGAGCGUGGAAUCUAUCUGAUGUAUUUCGUAGCGAAGACGACAUACAACCCGGUUGGCAACCUCAAACCCGCAUUGCCUGGAGUCGUGGCACUGACAACCACAUAGUAGAUACGCCGACGAAGAACGCUACAACCCCGAGACCGUUUUCUCGCACUCCUACUCGAAAUCUAUCUUUUAUGCCAUCCUCGCCGCCCAUUUCGAGAAUGCCGUUCAUAGCGUCUCCGGGCGCACUUACGCCCACAUCUGGCAAUGCGACCAACGAUUCGCAGAAGAGGAAAGUCACAAAUUCAGAAGGAGGUGUGCAGCCGACAGAGCCGAAGCGCCAGCGCAUGGUUGGAGGCUUCGUUGAUGAUGACGACGAGGAUGAAGACGACCUCGCUGCUUUCCGGGACGAGCAGAUGAAGAAUCAAUAUGACCUGCCCCAGCACUUUUUUCAAGAGCCUCCGGCGGAACUCCCUAGCAUACUGGCACCGCCCCCGACAGCCACUAAAUUGAAUGGGACAAUCAAUGCUACACUUAGCUCUUCCAGGACACCACUACACCUGACACCCCGGCCUGCUCCGACGGCCCCCAAGAGAUUCCAGAUCAAGACUUGUUCCGGCAAGGCCCAUACUGUCCCGCAAAGGAAGGCCCAGGCCCCCGUUUCGUAUAAACAAAUGAUCGCCAAUCGGUCCAAGGCAGAACCAGGAAAGGCAACGAAGAGCUAUUAUGGUAUCGACAUCCACAAAUUGCUAGACGAUGCCGCCAAGGACAAAAAGCCCGUGAACGCAGUCCCUCAACCCCAAGUCCAGCAAACCAUCGAAGCGAACAACGUGAGCUCAAAGCAGAAGAAGUUAGACUCUGCAAUGUGGACAGAGAAAUACCGUGCUCGUAAAUUCACCGAUCUCAUUGGGGAUGAACGCACACACCGAGCAGUCCUACGCUGGCUCAAGGGGUGGGAGUCAAUUGUAUUCCCUGGUCUAGCCAAGUCUCGACCGAAGAAGUCUGCCCGGGAGGAUGAAGAAGAGUAUAUCCACCGAAAGGUUUUGUUAUUAAGUGGCCCUCCGGGACUUGGAAAAACGACAUUAGCCCACGUAUGUGCCAGACAGGCUGGCUUUGAAGUGCUUGAAAUCAAUGCAAGUGAUGAUCGCAGCAGAGAUGUGGUCAAAGGCCGCAUUCGCGAUGCACUGGGAACCGAAAACGUCAAAGGCAUGAACGUGGAGGUUGGUGAUAAAAAGGUCCGCCGUGCCGGUAAACCCGUAUGUGUCGUGGUGGACGAAGUCGACGGUGUCACUGGUGGUUCUGGAAGUGGUGGUGAGGGCGGCUUCAUGAAGGCCCUCAUUGACCUUGUUUUGCUUGACCAACGGAACGCAAAAUGGUCUUCGGAGGGCAAUAAUGGCAAGAAGCGCAAGGGUGACAACUUCCGAUUCAUGCGGCCGUUGAUUUUGGUUUGCAAUGACCUCUAUCACAGCAGUCUCCGGCCUCUUAGAGCAUCGUCCAUUGCAGAGAUGAUCACUGUCCGUCAAGCCCCACUGGAGAAUGUUGUUCAACGAGUCAAGUUCAUCUUCGGACGCGAGGGCAUCCCCUGCGACAGUGAUGGGGCUAGAAGGCUCUGUGAAGCAGCCUGGGGUAUGGCGAGCAAAAAAAAUCGCAGUGGCAAAACUCAAGGGUCUGCUGAGGGCGAUAUUCGUAGCGUGCUUGUUGCCGCAGAAUUUCUGGCACACAAGCUUCGAAACGAGUCGUCGCCAUCAUCACUCAGGCUCACGAGGAACUGGCUGGAGACUCGAGUCCUCAAUGCAUCGACCGAGGGUAGCGCAUUCUUCAAAGAGUUAAGUCGUGGGGGUGUUCGUGAGAUUGUGAACCGUGUGUUUACAGAGGGGGCUGGCUUCUCUGAUGCUCCUGUUGGCAUGAGUUUCCAAGAUCGCUUUGAUGCCACCAACAGCCGUAUUCCUGUCGGUGUGGCAGAUCUGCGAAAACGACACUCAAUCAACCGAUUGCGAGAAAUGGUCGAUUCCAGCGGUGAUCAUGACCGCUGUGUAUCGGACUGUUUCGCUUCGUAUCCCAUCCAGCAAUACCAGGAUGAUAAUUAUUUUUCCAAACCCAACGCCGCCCACGACUGGCUUCAUUUCCAUGACUCGAUCAGUUCGAAAGUUCAUUCAUCUCAAGAGUGGGAACUGAUUCCAUACCUCAGCCAGUCGGUUGUCGCAUUCCAUCAUCUAUUUGCUACAGCUACUGGCAGAACCACCGACGACGAUAAGAACGAUGAUGACGAGGAAGCCGAAGAGCCCCAUCCUUUCUCAGGACCUAGAGCCGACUUUGCUGCCUUCGAAGCACAAAAGCAGAACCGCGCGGCCAUGACUGCAUUCCACGCCUCGUUUUCGGCACCUAUGGCUCGCAUUUUCCGAUCGAAUGAAAGUAUAAUCACAGAUCUGGUCCCUUACUUGAUCCGCAUGCUAUCACCAGACGUUAAGCCGGUCAUCAUCCGUGGAAACGGUGAGCAGAGAAGCACCGCCACCGUCCGCAAAGAGUCCGAACGUGCGCUUGUCCAGUCUACCGUGCGUGUCAUGACCGGGAUGGGCGUGACUUUUGAAAAAGUCCGAGUGGAACAUGAAGGAAGCCACGGUGGAUGGGCGUACAGAAUGGAACCACCGAUCGACUCACUUGUGGUCUUCUCAAAGAUCAAAGGUAGUACCAUCGAGGCUUCUGGUGGUACAGCGCCAGUGCGGUAUGCUGUCCGCCAAGUGCUGGACCAAGAGUAUCGCAAGGCAACAACGCGCAAGCAGUCUGAUGCCAUGAGCGCAUCUAGACUCGGCGUCAAGGGUCCCAGGAACUCCGCUGAGACGGCCGCAGCCAAAGCAAUCAGAGAAGCAGCUGUGAAACGGGACUUCUUUGGUCGGCUGGUUGAACAGCCUGCACCACAGCCUAAUGAUCUAAACGACAGCUGGGUUGAUGAGUCGUCCAAGGCCGGGCGGAAAGUCUGGGUUACUUUCCACGAAGGCUUCUCGAAUGCGGUCCGCAAACCCAUAUCUAUGGCAGAGCUGAUGGCUGGGUUCUUCUUCUUCUCAACCUCCAUGGCAUUAUUGUUGGGUACAGAGCUCUGGGACUUCGAGCCGAGCGAGUACCACUUGUGGCUCUUGGUUGAUGCGUCUGAUGCAUUGAGGGUUGUCGCUGUGGAGACGGUCGAGUGGGUUGAGGCUGCGCUCGAUGUAGUCUUGCAAGACGCUUUGGAGGAUUUGGUGAACAUUUUGUGUGUGGUUUGGGGGAUUUUGGAGGAUUGCUUGAGAAUUUCUUGA